UAUUACUUGACCGCGUGUUUACAGGCAUUUACGCAUGGUCUAUUCCAUCCUAGUUGCAACCAACUACGAAAUCGGCCGGUCAUGGAGGUCAAUGGGUGCGAUGAACAUCAGAAUUAUGAAAUACUUGCAGAGAUAGGCGAAGGCGCAUAUGGCAAGGUGUACAAGGCCAGAGAGGUCCGCGAUCAACAGCGACUCGUAGCGGUGAAGAAGUUGAACAUACCCGGACACACGGAGAGUGGGAUUCCUGCUUUCAUGAUCCGAGAGGUGGCGCUCUUGCGUAAGAUCGGGUAUUUCAACCAUCCCAACAUUGUAAAGUUGUUGGACGUAUCUGCUGGUCUGAAGAACAGGAGUUUGGACCUGACGCUGGUGUUUGAGUACAUCGACCAAGACCUGUCUACCUUCCUCACCACGGUCCCCAGCACUGGACUGAGUCUUGACAAAAUUAAGGAUGUGAUGGUGCAGCUGCUGCAGGGGCUGGACUUCCUGCACACCAACAUGCUGGUGCACCGCGACCUGAAGCCGGAGAAUGUACUGGUUAGUAGCCGUGGAGAGGUGAAGAUCGCUGACUUUGGGCUGGCACGCAUCUACACCUAUCACAUCGCCCUUACACCCUGUGUGGUGACACUGUGGUACAGGGCCCCCGAGGUGCUGCUCCACUCUGGUUACAUGUCCUCCGUGGACAUGUGGAGCGCUGGCUGCAUUUUUGCCGAACUGUUCCUUUUGAGGCCGUUGUUCCGUGGAUACACUGAGGCUCAGCAGCUCCAGAAAAUCUUUGAGGUGAUUGGCUUGCCCAGCGAGGAGGACUGGCCCAGGGAGAGCCCCAUCUCAUACUCCCGUAGCUGGUGCCCCAGAGACCCCUGCACCCAGCUCUUAUCCAACCUGGGCCAGGAGGAGAACAACCUACUCCUUCAAUGUCUAGAGUUCAGCCCGACCAAUCGCAUCUCAGCUUCCAGAGCCCUCUCCCACCCUUUCCUGGUGUGCGCCUGAGGACUCAUAACCUGGCAGGAUGUGGAGAGGAUGGAGGAGAGCUGGGACAGAGGUUAAUUUCCCUUGGAAUCCUUUUACCUAGCCUAUAGAACACUGAGGGUUCUCGUGCCGUAAGAUCCAAUGUACCUAUAUCGAAAUGUAGAAUUUUUUUGGAAUGGAAAUAAAAGUGAAUUUUUUUAGAAGGUAAAUCUGCAGGUUAAGCAAUAAAGUGGGCACCAUG